UCUUCAGAGUUGGGAUAAUCUUGUCCAGGUUCUAAGGGACCCUCUCUUUUGCCUUGGGGAUUUCAGAACUUGUCUCAGUUGCAAAGAGCUGAAGAAUUCAAUUAUCCAGGGCUCUUUGGAGGGCAGUGAUCUAAUGAGGCCCUACCUAACCCUUUAAACCAGAGUCAACCUGCUGCCAUAUGUUCCCAUAGUGCCCUGUACUUCCUUAAUGCUAAAACAUAUCAUGCUUUAUUACAACUUUGUGUUUGAUCUCACCCCUUAAUUAAGGGAAAUAAAGGCAGUUAAGCUCAAUAAAGGCAGGGACUCCUGGUUUGUCUUUUUAACUGUCGUAUCUUCAGGGCCUCACAAGAUGCCUGGCACUUGGAAACCACUCAAUAAACUUAUUGAAAAAUGAAUGAAAGGGAAGAAGGACAUUGUAGGCAGAGGAAGCAUGAGAAGCCAAGAUGAAGAGAAGUCUUGGCGUCUGUCCUCUGCUGAGCCAAGAUGGGUGACUGGAGCGUCCUGGGAGAGUUCCUGGAAGAAGUACACAAACAUUCCACGGUGAUCGGCAAGGUCUGGCUCACAGUCCUCUUCAUAUUCCGCAUUCUGGUGCUGGGCGCGGCUGCUGAGUCAUCCUGGGGGGAUGAGCAGGAGGAUUUUCAGUGUGAUACGAUUCAGCCCGGCUGCGAGAACGUCUGCUACGACCAAGCCUUCCCCGUCGCGCACAUCCGCUAUUGGGUGCUGCAGAUCAUCUUCGUCUCCACGCCGUCUUUGUUGUACACGCUCCACGCCAUGCACACGGUGCGCAUGCAGAAGAAGCGGAAGCUACGGGAGGCGGAGAGGGCCAAAGACGUCCGGGGCGCUGGCUCUUAUGAAUACCCAGUGGCCGAAAAGGCAGAGCUGUCCUGCUGGGAGGAAGAGAAUGGAAAGAUUGUCCUCCAGGGCACGCUGCUCAACACCUAUGUCUGCAGCAUCCUGAUCCGCACCACCAUGGAGGUGGCCUUCAUUGUGGGCCAGUACCUCCUCUAUGGGAUCUUCCUGAACACCCUGCAUGUCUGCCGCAGGAGUCCUUGCCCCCACCCUGUCAACUGUUAUGUAUCCCGGCCCACAGAGAAGAAUGUCUUCAUUGUCUUUAUGCUGGCUGUGGCAGGACUGUCCCUCUUCCUCAGCCUGGCUGAACUCUACCACCUGGGCUGGAAGAAGAUCAGACAGCGAUUUGCCAAGUCACAGCAGGGCAUGGCUGAGUGCCAGCUUCCUGGCCCUUCUGCUGGAAUAGUCCAGAGCUGCACACCACCUCCUGACUUCUAUCAGUGUGUGGAGAAUGGCCCUGGGGGGAAAUUUUUCAAUCCCUUCAGUAACAAGAUGGCCUCCCAGCAGAACACAGACAACCUGGCCACAGAGCAAGUGCAAGACCAGGAGCAGAUUCCUGGGGAGGGUUUCAUUCAUAUUCGUUAUGCCCAGAAGCCUGAGGAACUCAAUGAAGUCUCCCCAGGUCAUCGCCUCCCCCGUGGUUACCAGAGCGACAAGCGUUGUCUCAGCAAGGCCAGCAGCAAGGCCAGGUCAGAUGACCUAUCGGUGUGACCCUCCAGUGUGGGGGAGCUAGGACCAGGUGGGAACAAAGGAGGCUCAGAAAGGGAAGAUAUGUCCCUUCUGACGCCAUCUUUCUCAUUCUCAUCACUGCUUUGCUCCUUUUGGGCCCUGGGUCUCAAUAACAUUGCUCAUUUAUUCCAGAAGAUAUGACCAGGGCUCUGCGAGUGCAGUCAAACACAUGGCUACCCACCCAGGCUGCUGUCCCUUCCCAUUCCUCUACCCAGUAUACUCUGUAAAGCCUUUCAGUUUACUCAUUGAACAGGGGAGAGGAAGGGAAGGGAACCAUGGCAAAUCUGGCUUGGGAUGGAUAGCCAGAGGGACAGGAUGACUCUCUACAUACUAGCCAUAUACCAAAUUGGUUCUCCAAGUCCCUAUGGCUUUCUUGACCCGAUCUCCCUUCCACCUGCAAGGAAGAGCCCAAAGUUCCUGGCCAAUAAAGAGAAUGUAUCAAGGAACUUGCAUUAGAUGUGCUCUUGAAUCUGUUGUCUUCUUGGGCCAUACUUUAGAGUUGUGGUGAGGUUGCCUUGGGCUGUCCUUGGCUACCUGUCCCUCUACCCAGUCUUACUUAAAAAGAGGUCAUUGGAACUUGACCAGCAACCUCAACUUCACAAGUGCCUUGAUCUGUACCUCUGGCAAAUGUCCCACCUUGGUGAUGUUGCAGAUUUUCCUUCUGCCAGGGUGUACAACCAGCCUAGAAGGAUGCAAGCUGCCCUAGGGAGUCACUGUGCACACAGACUCCACUGGAAUUCCUGCCACCACCUGUCAUCCUGCGGCUCUUUUACAGUUCAACCCAAUGAUAGAAACCAUCCCUUCUGUUUCUCCCUUGGCUAUUCACCCAGUGCCCUCCCAAAGACUGUAUCAACCAGAAUGCCCAAGGAGCCAUCAUCCUCUCUCAGAUCCUGACCAGAUCACAGGCCAUGGAGGCCAGUGGAAUUUCCCCAGGUCUUAUUAAAACAAAGAGGGCAUUGUGCUUCUAAGAUUCCCCUUGGGAAAAAAUAAUUCUGCUGUGAAGAAGAAAAU